AUGGCUGUUCCGAGCACAAAACCAACCACGAGACCGAACCUGCGAGAACUUCUAAGUCCCCUCUUGCCAGCCCUCAUCGCAGCCACGGCCUCGCCAACCCCGCCGACACCCCUCCUACCCAGCCUGUCCCCCAUCCUGCGACAGCGCGUCCAAUUCCUCUCCGCAACAUCUUCUGAGCCUUGGCUCCGUCUACUGUGCUACAACACCAGUGCGAUUGAAAAGUUGAAGUCGACGGCAAGCGUACUAGAGCCUCAUCCUCUGAGCGGCGAGGUCGAGGUGGACUGGGAGCACGACACCGAAGUGGCAUAUAAGCGCAUCGACGGCGAAACACUCCAGGGGCUGGUGAAGCUGCAAGAGCAAGGGUUGGUCGUACGGAUCGUCUGGUGCGUCAAUGACCCUGAUGGACCUGACGGCUGGCGCAUAGGCGAGGUUCUACCUCUGGAGCCGGACACGUUUCGCGAAUUCGGUGGAUCGCCAACCAUGGACGAAGCAGAGGAGAGCUUCCAAUCGGGAGGCAAAGCACAAAACAGCAGUCCCAAGCCGGACAUCACAUUAGCAGAGGCUGCGGGGGAAGACGACGACGACGAUGACGACUACUGGGCGCAAUACGAUGCUACCCCUGGUCGCGGACGGACACCCGCCACCAAAUCCCCCGCGCCAACUAGCACCAAGGACGCGGCGACGGCGGAGAGGGAGUAUUUUGCGCAGUACGAGAAUAUCCAGCCCGCCAUGGACAACCACGACCCGGACGAAGAGGUCCCCCACGUGUCGCCGCCCCUGGGGCUCGGUCGGCAGCCACCGUCGCUGCAGCAGCAGCAGCACCACAUGCCGGCGGCCCGGAAUGAGGGCAUCCUGCAGCCCAGGCCAGAGUCGAGUGCCAGCAGCUCAACCAGUGAGCGGCUGGUGGCCAAGCUGGAGGAGGAGGCCGGGCGGCGGGACACGGGCGAGUUUGGCGUCAAGCAGCACAUUUCGAGGAGCAUACGGAGUCUCUACCAGCUGGGCUGUGCGGCGGGCAUUGAGCGGGACGAGUUUGAGUCGCUUGUGCGAAGAGAGCUAGAGGUACUGUCCAUGAUGGAGGACGCGUGA